UCAAUUCCAGCUAGAAUGCUGUGGCAGGCGGUUUGCAGAUUUGGUCAAAAGCUGGUACGCAGACGUACACUGGAGCCAGGCAUGGCUGAGACUCGCCUUGCUAGAUGCCUGACCACUCUGGAUUUAGUGGCCCUAGGUGUGGGCAGCACAUUGGGUGCAGGCGUGUAUGUCCUGGCUGGCGAGGUGGCCAAAGAUAAAGCAGGACCAUCCAUUGUGAUCUGCUUUUUGGUGGCCGCCCUAUCUUCUAUGUUGGCUGGGCUGUGCUAUGCGGAGUUUGGUGCUCGGGUUCCCCGUUCUGGUUCUGCGUAUCUCUACAGCUAUGUCACUGUGGGUGAACUCUGGGCCUUCACCACUGGCUGGAACCUCAUCCUCUCCUAUGUCAUCGGUACAGCCAGUGUGGCCCGGGCCUGGAGCUCAGCUUUUGACAACCUGAUUGGGAACCACAUCUCUCAGACCCUGCAGGGGAGCAUCUCACUGCACGUUCCCCAUGUCCUCGCAGAAUAUCCAGACUUUUUUGCUAUGGGCCUUGUGUUGUUGCUCACCGGAUUGCUGGCUCUGGGCGCUAGUGAGUCGGCCCUGGUUACCAAAGUGUUCACGGUGGUGAAUCUUUUGGUUCUCGGUUUUGUCAUCAUCUCUGGCUUCAUUAAGGGAGAUCUGCACAACUGGAAGCUCACAGAAGAGGACUACAAACUGGCCGUGGCUGGACUCAAUGACACCUAUAGCUUGGGCCCUCUGGGCUCUGGAGGGUUUGUGCCUUUCGGCUUCGAGGGGAUUCUCCGUGGAGCAGCGACCUGUUUCUAUGCAUUUGUUGGUUUCGACUGUAUUGCUACCACUGGGGAAGAGGCCCAGAAUCCCCAGCGUUCCAUCCCCACAGGCAUUGUGAUUUCACUCUUCGUCUGCUUUUCGGCCUAUUUUGGUGUCUCUUCGGCACUCACGCUCAUGAUGCCUUACUACCAGCUUCAACCCGAGAGCCCCUUGCCUGAGGCCUUUCUCUAUACUGGAUGGGCCCCUGCCCGCUAUGUUGUAGCCAUCGGAUCCCUCUGUGCUCUUUCUACCAGCCUCUUGGGCUCUAUGUUCCCCAUGCCUCGGGUGAUCUACGCGAUGGCAGAGGAUGGCCUCCUGUUUCGCGUCCUUGCCCGGAUCUACACCGGCACACACACCCCCAUCGUGGCCACUGUGGUCUCUGGCAUUAUCGCAGCAUUCAUGGCAUUCCUCUUUGAACUCACUGAUCUGGUGGACCUCAUGUCAAUUGGGACCCUGCUUGCUUACUCCCUGGUGGCUAUUUGUGUUCUCAUCCUCAGGUAUCAGCCUGACCAGGAGAUGAGGAAUGAGGAAGGUGAAGUGGAGUUGCAGGAGGAGAAGAUCCAUGAAGCAGAGAAACUGACCCUACAGGGACUAUUUUGUCCACUCAACUCCAUCCCCACUCCACUCUCUGGCCAAGUUGUCUAUGUUUGUUCCUCACUGCUUGCUCUACUGCUGAGUGUCCUUUGCCUGGUGCUGGCCCAGUGGUCCAAUCCACUGCUUUCUGGAGACCCAGUGUGGAUUGCAGUGUUUGUGCUGCUCCUGACGCUCAUUACUGGGAUCACUGGAGUCAUCUGGAGACAGCCACAGAGCUCCACUCCACUCCACUUCAAGGUACCUGCUUUGCCUCUCCUCCCACUAGUGAGCAUCUUUGUGAAUAUUUACCUUAUGAUGCAGAUGACAGCUGGCACCUGGGCCCGAUUUGGGGUCUGGAUGCUGAUUGGGUUUGCUAUCUACUUCGGCUAUGGGAUGCAGCACAGCCUGGAAGAGGUUAAGAGUGACCAACCCCCACUCAAGUCUAGGGCCAAAACUGUAGACCUGGAUCUCAGCAGUGCCUGUACACAUUCGAUUUGA